AUGCUUGCUUUUCAUCGCGUGUUUGACCAGUUCUGUCACCCAAGGGUUUCCCGCGGAGCGCCGACCUUGGGAAACCACCACGCCUUCAAGGGAAUGUUCCCCGCCAAGCCCGCCACGAGAAAUUCUCUUUUUCAACCCCCCACAACACUCACGCCCACAGAUUCCCACAGCCGUCUGCGUGCGGAAAGCCGCGCGGCACCAAAACUCAUGCAGGAGAUGAACUUUGUUGGCUUCUGGGCAUCCUUCUUUCUUUUUUUAAAAAAAAAAGGGGGCAGGCUUCCCUCGCGCCACGGCGGGGUUUGGCGAGCAUUGCCAUGGGAAUGCUUGCAGUAUUCCCCCCGCGCCCGGCAGCGCGUUCAAACCGGACGGCCAUCUACACGCAAUCGUUCCACACUGAAGAUCGGCAUGCCUUACACAUUUUAG